AUGCCUUCGUUUCUCAAGGACCUGAGCAUCCGCCGUCGAUCCAAAGCUUCCAACGCCAACAGCUCUGGCAACAGCUCGCUCGACAAUGGCGAGAACGGGCAGUCCACCUCCACCCUGAGCUCCUGCGUCGACCAGAACAAGCCGUCGACGUCGCCGCCGACCACCCUCUCCUCGCAGCGGUCCAAUACUAACCUGUCAGGCAUGAACGGUUACAGCAACAAGACGCCGCCGCCAGUGCCCGGUCGAGAGACGCGCCCACGCCUGCCCAGCUCGUCCAGCAACCGCUACAGCAUAAAUGGCAUGCCAGGCCAAACCGGAGACCGCUCCAUCGCUGCCACCUCGCCGCUUGCCCCUCGCGUGCUUUCCAUUUCUGACAAUUCUUGGGUCCACCAGAAAGUCCUCCUCAUCUUCGGCCAGUGCGCAGACCCGGCGCAACCGAUCGACGGCCAUGUCACCAUCUGCCACCACCAAGACACAUUUCCGCCUACCUCGUGGCCCGUUUGCGAUUCGCACUUCAAAGCACUCGUCCACCUCCAACCUGGCCCGAACCGACUACGCUUCGACUUCACCUCGCCAAAGGUUCCAACUCCCAAUUCCUCCAUCCCCGCGCAUUCUUCCUGGAUCAACAUCAACUUCCUCCCUCUCAACUCGUCACCACCGCUACAGCUGUGCAUCCUAGUCGCGAAAGACUCGCCAGAAACUUACGACGCAGUUCCAGAGAGAGUUCAAAAGGAGGGCAACAGCUUGGCCACGGCAAUCAAGAAGUUUCGCAUGGCUGCGUAUCUAUGGCAGGCGUUUACAGCAGAGCAAAUGAAUCGCAACGGCUUUGGGAGAAGAGUUUACAGAUACGAUGAGGAAUGGCAACCCGGAACACUCACCUGGAAAGACAUGGAGACUGGCCAGAUGCGGAAUGAAGCCAAGAUCCACAUUGUCCGGAUGAACAAGACAGUGAAAGAGAUACAAGAUCUGGAUGUGGCUCAGCAGCAUGGCCCAGCAACGAAGAAAGGCGAUCUGUACGGUAUGGCUAUGGAGGCGGUGAAAGGCUACUUUGGAUCUCGAAACGGACAACCACAAUACGUCUCCUGCAUGUUCCUCGACUCGCACUGGGAUAAGCAGGUGGGCACGGUGAGAGGCCAUGCUGCGCUGGGUGGUGGAGAUGACUCUAUGAAGUUGGCCAUCUUCGGCUCGCACUGCCUGCAGUCCUACCCUGCCCAUAUUGAAGAAGUCGUCCCUGCCUUCUCAGACUGCACUCGAACUGAUACCAACUACGUCGCAAAUGAUUGUAACGAGUCGGGUAGCAACUGGGAGGCUGCGAACAUCGGCAUUGGAGCGCAUCUACACGAGACUGGUCAUCUUCUGGGUUGCCCGCAUCAGGAAUCGGGAGUCAUGUUGAGGGAUUAUGUGACCCUCAACCGGACUUUCACCUCUCGCGAACCCUACUCAACGAGGACCAAGCAGCAAGGACAGCGGUUAUGCCUGCCCAAGGACGAAUGCGCUUGGCACAGACUAGACACGCUUCGAUUCCGGUUCCACCCCACCUUCCAACUGCCGAACGAUCCCAUGAUGAGCCCAGACAAGAGCGUUCAACUUUGGUCCGUUGAAAAUGGUACCGUCCUCGUCAUGGCUGCGACUGGAGUCGCCUGGAUCGAGAUAUUCCCAGAAGGCGACGACGUCUGCCACCACUGGAUCGAGUACUACGACCAGAACCAAUCACCCCCAGCGAUGCCGAGGCAGAUCGCACUGACGGAGCAAAUCAUCAAAGAUCAACUACCCAGCGAGAAGAAGAAGCGCAAGAUCAAGAUCAAGGUGUUUAGCUGUGGCGGCGGCGACCACGAAGUGGAGGACAUGUCCCAGAUGUUCUCCAACGGCGGCAAGGUGAAGCUUCCAGACGGACGACCUGGAUUCAAGAGCUCCAAGCUCGGCUUCAGUCAGAUGGAGGGUUCCCAGCCCCAGGAAGUGAUUAUUGGCAAUUGUUUGAAGAAAUCGAAAUUGCUGCUCAGCAUCAGAGUCUACGCAGGAGACUGUCUGGACGGCAUCGAAUUUGUGUAUGAAGAUGGCUCUACAGAGCUGUUUGGCAAGCGAGGUGGAAAGCCUGGCGGCAGUGAGUUUGCGCUUGAUACCCGGAGAGGCGAGAUGCUGCUUGGUUUUUAUGUGCGCGCUGGUUUCUGGAUUGAUGGCAUUCAAAUCAUGACGAAUACUGGACGGCGGAGUGAGGUUUAUGGCAAGGUGGAUGGUGGAUCUGGACAUACCCUCAUUCCACCGCGCGGCUAUAGCAUCGCAGGCGUUUACGGAAGCUGCGGACCAUGGCUCGACGGAUUCGGGCUCAUCAUCACGCGGUAG